CAGUGCCCGUCGGCGGCAUGCCGGGCAUGGCGGGCAUGCCCGGCCCGUGCGGCGGCUUCGGCGGCGCCUUCGGCGGCAUGCCGGGCCCUUGCUUGGCCUUUGGCGCGUUCGGCGCGGCGCCCUGCGGCGGGAUGCCCGCAAUGACCUUGCCGCCGCUCUGCGGGUGCGGGCAUGCAGGGGGGUGGCGAGGCAUGCCAGGCAUGUGCGGCGGGCUGGCGAUGUUCCCCGGCAUGGGCGGCGCCGCCCUGGCCGUGGGCUGGCCGGGCCCCCCGGGCGCGGCGGCCGCGCGCGGCGGAGCUGGCGCGGCGCGGUCGCGCUCCGGCAGGGGUCGUCAGGGCAGGCCCGGCAGGAGGAAGCGGGCGCCGAGCAGCGUGGGCGGCGGCAGGCCGCGCAAGGAGAGGUCGCCCUCGCGCUACGAGCGGCGCCUGUCGCCCUCCAGCAGGUCCUCCUCGUCCAGCAGCUGAGCGGCCGCGGGCGGGUGGGUGCCCGCGGCAGUCCAGGCCUCCGGAGGCCCACCCAUGGGGCAGCCUCCUCCAUUAGGCUUAACUCGGGUCGGGCCGCGCGCGGGCGCGGGCGCGGGCCGCGGCUCGGAGGCGACGAGAGGGGCGAAUAGCCCAGGGGGGAGCAAUCAGGGGCGCCGAUGAUCUACAGUGGGGGCGCGCAUCAAGAA